AUGCAGAAACAGUGGCACAACCUUACCACAUUGCUAAAGUACUCCAACGCCACACCGUUCAAGGAUAGGAAUGACGCUGGGUACAUUUGUGCGUACUGCUUCAAGGCCUACCCGGAUCCAGGCGUGCUGAGGAACCACACCCAGUACGAUCACGUGAAGGAGAAGCCAACGUACAAGGCCGGCUCCGGAAUGAGCAGCUUUGUCGCCUUCCUAGACGUCGUCGAUCUCAGGUGUACCAUAUGCGACCAAGCUAUGGACAACCUCCGCUCUCUGAUGGAGCAUCUAGUCAAUGCGCACGACAAGAAGUACUAUCUCGGUCUGACGGACUACUUCCAGCCUUUCAAACUGACCGGCGAACAGCAGAUCAACUGCUGCCUCUGCGACGAGCCGUUCCACAACAUGAAGCUGCUGAUGCAACACAUGAACGUCCACUACAGGAACUUCAUAUGCACCACGUGCGGCGCCGGCUUCGUGAACAGCUUCCGGCUCAACCGGCACGAGACGACGCACGGGAAGAAGAAGUCGAGCUUCCCGUGCAAGCAGUGCGGCCAAGUGUUCGCCGCCGAGUCCAAAAAAAAGGCGCACAAGACCCGCCACAUGAUACAAGUGCACAACGUCGAGGGCAUAAAGUGCGACAUGUGCGACAAGAAGUUCAACCUCAAGUCGAACCUGAUGCUGCACAUGCGCAGCGUCCACCUGAAGGAGCGCCCGUACGAGUGUACGGUGUGCAACAUGGGCUUCUUCAUCAAGCGUCACAUGCUCGGCCACUAUUUGGCGACGCACACUAAUGAGAGGCGGUUCAAGUGCGACUUGUGCGGCAAGGCGUACGCGACGCAGAGCAGUAGGCGGAAGCACAUGAAGAAGAACCACGGCGUCGCCAAGCCGGCUCUUGCGCUCAACGCGCCGAAG